AUGGCUUCCCCUGCGUCACAACCUUCGGGCAUGGCGAAGACCACCGAGCCAAAUCGUAAUAAGAAGUACGACCCAAAGAAACCUCACAUCACCGAAGAACCUAUCACCAGGGCAAAUUGGUACAAACAUGUUAACUGGCUUAACAUCACUCUCAUCGUGGGAGUUCCUAUCUAUGGUCUCAUCAUGGCCUACUGGACUCCGCUACAGUGGAAGACAGCUGUCUGGGCAGUCAUCUACUAUUUCAUGACCGGUUUGGGUAUUACAGCUGGUAAGUCUUCAACUUAUUACUUUGCAAUGAUAUCGUCUAAUCCUCUUCUCCUUCCAGGUUACCACAGACUUUGGGCACAUUCCUCAUACUCUGCCACUCUCCCAUUAAAGAUUUUCCUCGCAGCCGUUGGAGGUGGAGCCGUCGAAGGUUCCAUCAGAUGGUGGUCCAGAGAUCACAGAGCCCAUCACAGAUAUACCGAUACCGACAAGGAUCCAUAUUCCGUUCGAAAAGGUCUCCUAUACUCUCACUUCGGAUGGAUGAUCAUGAAACAAAACCCAAAGCGUAUUGGCCGUACCGAUAUCUCCGAUUUGAAUGAUGAUCCAGUCGUCGUUUGGCAACACCGCAACUACAUCAAGACUGUUAUCUUUAUGGGUAUGGUCUUCCCUUGUCUCGUCACUGGUCUCGGUUGGGGUGACUGGUUUGGUGGCUUCAUCUACGCCGGUAUCCUCAGAAUUUUCUUUGUUCAACAAGCUACUUUCUGUGUCAACUCCUUGGCUCAUUGGCUCGGUGACCAACCUUUUGAUGACCGUAACUCUCCUCGUGAUCACGUCAUCACAGCUCUCGUCACUCUUGGAGAAGGUUACCACAACUUCCAUCACGAGUUCCCCUCCGAUUACCGUAAUGCUAUUGAAUGGCAUCAAUAUGACCCAACCAAGUGGUCUAUCUGGUUGUGGAAGCAACUCGGUCUCGCAUAUGACCUCAAACAAUUCAAGUCCAAUGAAAUCGAGAAGGGUCGUCUCCAACAACUCCAAAAGAAGCUCGACCAAAAGAGACAAACUCUUGACUGGGGUGUUCCUCUUGAACAAUUGCCAAUCAUCGACUGGGAUACUUAUCAAACUGAAGCCAAGAAUGGACGUGCUCUUGUUGCCGUGGCCGGUGUUAUUCACGAUAUUACCGAUUUCGUAAAGGAACAUCCAGGUGGAAAGGCUCUUAUCACAUCCGGUAUUGGCAAAGAUGCAACCGCUAUCUUCAAUGGUGGUGUCUACAAUCACUCUAAUGCCGCCCACAACCUUCUUUCAACUAUGCGUGUCGGUGUUCUACGUGGUGGAUGCGAGGUUGAGAUUUGGAAGCGUGCUCAACGUGAAAACAAGGAUAUUUCUUUCGUCAGCGAUACAGCAGGUCAAAAGAUUAUCCGAGCUGGUAGUCAGGUUACCCGCAUUGCGGAACCUGUCCCAUCGGCUGAUGCUGCAUAA